AGGGGAGCCGCGCUCUAGGACCCGAGGAGGCCGAGCUGCGGGGAGACGAGCCUCCCGCGGGUGCAGCCGCCAGCGGCCGCCGAGGGGCUGGAAAUGAAAGUAAAGCGCUCCGGAGCCGCGUGGACCGAGCUGCCGGGGCGGCGGCGCCGGGAGCAGGAUGCGGCCGCCCGUAAUUAAAUAGCAUUUACUCUUAUUAUUACUAAUAAUAAUAACGUAAUCAUACCUCUAGUCAUAGCAUACCACUUAUCGGGCUCGGCGCAGGCCCGUGGGGAGCGCAGCCCAGCCGAGAGACUGAUGGAGAGGCAGAGACGAAAGGCGGACAUCGAGAAGGGGCUCCAGUUCAUUCAGUCGACACUUCCCCUAAAGCAAGAAGAAUAUGAGGCCUUUCUGCUCAAGCUGGUACAGAAUCUGUUUGCUGAGGGCAAUGACCUGUUUCGUGAGAAGGACUACAAGCAGGCUCUGGUGCAGUACAUGGAGGGACUGAAUGUGGCUGACUACGCCGCCUCCGACCAGGUGGCCCUGCCUCAGGAGCUGCUGUGCAAACUGCAUGUCAACAGGGCAGCCUGCUACUUUUCCAUGGGUCUGUAUGAGAAGGCACUGGAGGACAGCGAGAAGGCCCUAGGCCUAGAUGGCGAGAACAUCCGGGCACUAUUCCGCAAGGCACGUGCCCUCACUGAGCUGGGACGCCACAAGGAGGCCUAUGAGUGCAGCAGUCGCUGUUCCCUCACCCUGCCCCAUGAUGAAAGUGUAACUCAGCUUGGUCAGGAGCUGGCUCAGAAGCUUGGGCUUCGAGUUCGGAAGGCAUAUAAGAGACCCCAGGAAUUGGAAACCUUUUCUCUGCUCAGUAAUGGCACUACAACAGGUGUGGCUGAUCAGGGAACUUCCAAUGGAUUGGGGUCCAUAGAUGACAUCGAAACAGACUGCUACUUGGACCUACGUGGCUCCCCAGCUCCCUUCCUCUCCACUCCUACCAUGCCACUGUUCCCUCAUGUGCUGGACCUAUUGGCCCCCCUGGACAGCAGCAGCAGACCCCUCCCAGGCACUGAUAGCCUGGAUGACUUCUCUGAUGCAGAUGUCUUCGGUCCAGAGCUGGACACCCUCCUAGACUCACUGUCUCUGGUCCAGGGUGGCCUGCCUGGCAGUGGCGUGCCCAGCGAGUUGCCUCAGCUGAUACCUGUGUUCCCUGGUGGGACGCCCCUGCUGCCACCCGUGGUGGGUGGUUCCAUCCCUGUGUCCAGCCCACUGCCCCCUGCCUCCUUUGGCCUCGUCAUGGACCCCUCCAAGAAGCUGGCUGCCUCAGUGCUGGAUGCCCUGGACCCUCCAGGCUCCACACGGGAUUCCCUAGAUCUGCUGCCAUACUCCGAGACCCGCCUGGACGCCCUUGACAGCUUCGGGUCAGCCCGAGGCUCUCUGGACCAGCCUGACUCCUUCAUGGAGGAAACCAGCUCACAGGAUCAUCCCCUGAGCGGUACUCAGAAACCAGCCUCCUCGCCUGAACCCUCCAUGCCCAACACCGCCUUGCUCAUCAAGAAUCCCUUGGCUGCCACCCACGAGUUCAAGCAGGCCUGCCAGCUCUGCUACCCUAAAACAGGCCCCAGGGCAGGUGAUUACACCUACCGAGAGGGCCUGGAGCACAAAUGCAAGCGGGACACCCUGCUUGGCCGGCUCCGGAGUGUGGAGGACCAGACUUGGAAGCGAAUCCGGCCCCGGCCCACCAAAACCAGCUUUGUGGGCUCCUACUACCUGUGCAAAGACAUGAUUAACAAGCAGGACUGUAAGUACGGAGAUAACUGCACCUUCGCCUACCAUCAGGAGGAGAUCGACGUGUGGACUGAGGAGCGGAAGGGCACCCUCAACCGAGACCUACUCUUUGACCCACUUGGGGGCGUCAAGCGUGGCAGCCUCACCAUUGCCAAACUCCUUAAAGAACACCAGGGCAUCUUCACCUUCCUCUGCGAGAUCUGCUUUGACAGUAAACCUCGGAUCAUCAGCAAAGGCACCAAGGACUCUCCAUCUGUCUGCUCCAACUUGGCUGCCAAGCACAGCUUCUACAACAACAAAUGCCUGGUGCACAUAGUCCGGUCCACCUCCCUCAAGUACUCCAAGAUCCGCCAGUUCCAGGAGCACUUCCAGUUCGACGUGUGCCGCCAUGAGGUGCGCUACGGCUGCCUGCGGGAGGACAGCUGCCACUUCGCCCACAGCUUCAUCGAACUCAAAGUCUGGCUGCUGCAGCAGUACUCGGGAAUGACCCAUGAAGACAUCGUACAAGAAUCCAAGAAAUACUGGCAGCAGAUAGAGAUCCAUGCAGGGAAAGCCAAUAGCAGCUUGGGGACUCCCCGGACACAUGGGCCCAGCACCUUUGACCUUCAGAUGAAGUUUGUGUGCGGACAGUGCUGGAGAAAUGGGCAGGUGGUGGAGCCGGACAAAGACCUCAAGUACUGCAGUGCCAAGGCCCGACACUGCUGGACCAAGGAGCGGCGGGUCCUGCUGGUGAUGUCCAAGGCCAAGAGGAAGUGGGUGUCAGUGAGGCCGCUGCCUUCCAUUCGAAACUUUCCACAGCAAUAUGAUCUCUGCAUCCACGCACAGAAUGGCCGCAAGUGCCAGUAUGUGGGCAACUGCUCCUUUGCACACAGCCCAGAAGAGAGGGACAUGUGGACAUUCAUGAAGGAGAACAAGAUCCUGGACAUGCAGCAGACCUAUGACAUGUGGCUAAAGAAACACAAUCCAGGAAAGCCAGGAGAAGGGACCCCAAUCACUUCCCGGGAAGGGGAGAAGCAAAUCCAGAUGCCCACAGACUAUGCCGACAUCAUGAUGGGCUACCACUGCUGGCUCUGUGGCAAGAACAGCAACAGCAAGAAGCAGUGGCAACAGCACAUCCAGUCGGAGAAGCACAAGGAGAAGGUAUUCACGUCGGACAGCGACACCAACGGCUGGGCCUACCGCUUCCCCAUGGGCGAGUUCCGGCUCUGCGACAGGCUCCAGAAGGGCAAGGCCUGCCCUGACGGGGACAAGUGUCGCUGCGCUCACGGGCAGGAGGAGCUCAACGAGUGGCUGGACCGGCGCGAGGUGCUGAAGCAGAAGCUGGCCAAGGCCCGCAAGGACAUGCUUCUGUGUCCACGGGAUGACGACUUUGGCAAAUACAACUUCCUGCUGCAAGAGGAUGGGGGCACCUCUGGUGCCAGCCCAGAAGCCCCAGCUGCUGCUGCUGCCGCUGUUACCAGAGAAUAGGGCCAGGACUUGGCUAUGGGUGAAGUCCUCGGGGUGGGAUGGGGCAGGACGGGGUGGGGAUGAAGAGUCUGACAGAUGGGCCAGGACUGGGUUGGGGGGACCCCUCUCAUCAGGCUGCCCCAGCUCUCUGGGGCUCAUCUGUCCCCUCAGCCCCUCCAGCCCAUUGUGCACGUGCUGCAGCCCUGGCAUCCCAGGGCCCGUGCUCCUGCUGAUGAGACCCUGGGCUGACUUACAUCCACCCACCCUGGAUCACCUGGUUGGGGACAGAGGGGCUAGCUGAUCCCUCUGACUUCAGCCUACAGCUUUAACUUCUGUCUGCUCCUCAAGGGGUCCAAAGCUCAGGGCUGGGGAGCCUGGGGUCCCCACUUGAAUCUACAGCAGGAGGGUCCUUCUCCCUACCCCUCCCUCACCCCACCUCCACCUUCCUGGGGACAGAUCACAACAGAAGGUGGGAGGCCCCAGUUAGCUUUAAAAUGAUGCCCCAGAGUGGAGCUAGGAACACUGUUCCCUUUGGGGCCUCGGUUUCCCCUCUAGUUGGAAGAGUGGGAGGGGCUGAGUUGCAUGAUCUCUGGAACCUGGCAGUUUCCCAAGACCACCAACCCAACCCUCUCCCUCAUGGGCCAUUGACUGUAGAUUGUAGAGCCUUUGGUGCAGAUCCAGCCCAUUUCCCCAUUUUGCAGAUGGAAAAACUGAGGCUCAUAAGAGAAAUGAUCUGCCUAGGAUUUCCAGCCCCAGCACAGGGGCAGAACUGGGUUUCACACUAUGGUCAAGCCUCAGGGCCAGGUCUCAGCAGGAGGCUCUAGGCUUGCGGCAGGGAUGUGACAGUCUGAAUCUGUGUGAGCUGGGGUCCCAGGCAGCACUGCUGGGGCCUGGGAAGGGAGGUUUUAGGGGGUCAUGCCAGCACCUCUGGAAGGACAGCUGCCUCCUGAGAAUAGUGCCUGUGGCAUCACGGUGAAGGGCACCAUGGUCCCAGUCAUCAUGGUCCAGCCAGGAACUCAGGUUCUUCGUGAGAUAGGGGAGGCUAGCUAGAAAUGAUGACAUGGAGAGAAGGGGAACCUGACUGGGUUCUAUGGGUCACUCCGGGACCCUCUUCCUUGGGACCCCAACACAACCGUCUCCUUCUCUCCUACAACUAGGGUGGCCUCUUCCAGCCCCUUCCUGAUCCCUGGCCCUGCCAGCUGUCUAGGACCCCAGCCGACCCCCAGCCCCUGCCUCCACCCACCCAGCCCUCUCCAUCCUUCUCGUCUGACGUUUCUUCGUGCACCCCUCCUCUCCAUCCCACUCCCCUUGGGCAGACACAGCUCCCCCUGGUUCCCUAGACAUUCCAGAAUGCUCCCAUACCAUUGGUACAAGGAGUAGGCCCCUCCCCCAGAAGAAACCGGGGAGCAAGGCUGGAGUCGGGGUGAGAUGAAGAGAACGAAUUACCCCUUAUUCCUCCUCAAGCAAGGAUUGAGCUGGUAUGAUGGUGGGCAAUGGACUGGAGGGAGCCCAGUUUCUCUUGGCACCACUGCCCAGCCUCAUCCUGAUAAUCAUGGCAUAAACCUCCGUCUUCCCCCAGCAGGCCAGCACCAUCGUGUUCAGGUGCUGCUGGUGUGGCUGGAGGGAAGAGAGACCACACCAAGGUGGGGGCUGUGGCUGUGAACGUCGAUGACACUUGUUUCCCUGGUCCGUGGUGUUGCAGUCUGUUGUCACCAGCCUUGUUUUUAGUGUGUAUAUAUGUUGCCCCUGUGAUGCAUAUAUACACAGGUAUUAAAUAUAUCGCUCUAUAUAAUAUUAUAUAUGUGUGUGGUAUCCGAGGAAUCACUUCUAAUGAGGGCUAAAGCUAAAGAAUUUGGCCAGAAAAUGCAGCCAUCCAAUGUAAUUAGAAGGACUGUGGGGGCCAUCAGACCAUUUGUGAGGAUUCAGGGACUGGAACCAGGAGUCAGAGGUCAUUUGGGCAGCAGGGGGGCCAGUGAUCCCUGCUUGGACCCAGCUUUGACCCAGUCACUGUCGGGCCGCCUAGCCAGGUGGGCAGAGAGCAAGCGGGAUGCUCAGGGAAUGUAGAUGACUGGUGUCUGUCUCCCACCUCAAAGCACAGGCUUAGUGUCCAGAGUCCCCUCUAGCCUGCUACUCUUUGGGGGACCUUGAAAUCUGGGGUCUCCUGGCUUGGCUAAAGCUGGAUGCCCCAAAACAGGAGGAGAAUUGGGGCACAGGUAUUGGGAUGAACUGGGGUGUGGGGCAGAUCAGAAUAUACUAUGGGUGGUCAUUUCAGCUUUGACCCUAGUGGGCAGGCUCAGAGUGAAAUCGGAGACCUAUGCCCGGCACUGCAGGCAGGGGACAAGACAGCACAGCAGAUGUGGCAGUGGGGGCAGGCGUCCUCAUGUGCGCGUCCAUUUGGGGGCAUGGAUCAAAGAGGGAGGCUGCAUUUCUCAGCUGAGCAGUAAUCAACAUAAUGGUCCUUUAAAAAUGUCUGUGUAUUAAAAUUUUAAGAAUACCACACUUUAAUAUUAAAUAUUCAUAAGGUCUAGUAUCUUGAUAAUAAUGUAGAUGUUUUAAAUAACAACUUUUGUCCUUCUUAAAAUAAAAUGAAAGAAACUUG